ACCGAUAGAACAUAAAAUGACAGAGGUGGCAAAAUCAUCGUCGGAGGUGGUGGUGGUGAGAAACAAACAGGUGAUAUUCAAAGACUACGUGAACGGAUAUCCGAAAGAAUCUGACAUGAUAGUAACUUCUGAUGCCACCAUCUGUUUGGAGCUACCAAAAGACGAUGGUGGUCUAGUUUUAUUGAAAAAUCUUUAUCUGUCAUGUGAUCCCUAUAUGAGAGGCCGCAUGAGCAAGCCUUUUGAAGGAACGUACGUCGAUUCGUUUGUUCCUGGUUCGCCAAUAUCUGGAUAUGGAGUCGCAGAGGUUUUGGAUUCGACUCACCCUGACUUCAAGAAAGGCGACUUGAUAUCAGGAUCCACUAAUUGGGAAGAAUAUAGCUUGAUCACAAAUCCCGAAUCUUUAAUAAAGAUUCAACAUACAGAUGUUCCUCUUUCCUAUCACAUUGGAAUCCUCGGUAUGGCUGGCAUGACUGCUUAUGUUGGUUUUUACGAAUUUUGUUCACCAAAGAAAGGAGACAUUGUGUUCGUGUCAGCGGCAUCCGGGGCCGUUGGUCAACUUGUUGGGCAAUUUGCUAAGCUCUACGGUUGUUACGUUGUCGGAAGUGCCGGAUCCAAAGAAAAGGUUGAUCUACUUAAGAACAAGUUCGGGUUUGAUGAAGCAUUCAACUACAAAGAAGAGCAAAACCUCGGUGCCGCUUUAAAAAGGUAUUUCCCGAAUGGUAUUGACAUUUACUUCGAGAACGUUGGAGGAAAGAUGCUCGAUGAAGUACUACCCAACAUGAGACUUCAGGGUCGCAUAGCGGUUUGUGGGAUGAUCUCACAAUAUAACCUUGAUCGACAUGAAGGCAUAUAUAACCUCGUCUUCCUUCUCAUGAAACGCAUCCGAAUGCAAGGAUUUAUAGUUAUCGAUCACUAUCACUUGUAUCCUAGGUUCAUGGAAACGAUGUUGCCUCUUAUUCAAGAAAGAAAGAUAACAUACAUUGAGGACACAGUAGAAGGCCUUGAGAACGCUCCAGCCGCCCUCGUUGGCUUGUUUACUGGCAAAAAUGUAGGAAAACAAGUUGUUGCCAUUGUUCAUGAGUAAAACAGUCUAUUUUUCGACUGUG